GUAGCAACAGCUCCUGGGGCGCGCAGUGCCGGGGAUCCCACACGCUGCACGGGGCAGGGAGCAGAGCCCUGGCAACAGGGCUGGUGGCCGGCAUGGGGCGCCCCAUCACUUGCCCCCUCUGAGAGCCAGGCAGCGGAGCAGCAAGUCCCCCAGAGGCAGCACGGCUGCCGUGGGGUUCUUGGCCCCGGGGAGGUUGGCUCCGACGUGGAGGGGCUGGAAAUCCCCCAGCGGGUGAUGCCUGGCUGCAUCGACGCGAGGUGCUGAGGAUCCCGGGGGGCUGAGGAGUAGCUAUGACCCCUGAGAAGGUGCUGAGAGAGGGGGUGCUGGAGAAGCGGAGCGGGGGGCUGCUGCAACUCUGGAAGAAGAAGCGGUGCCUGCUGACGGAGAAGGGGCUGCAACUCUUUGAGCCCAAGGGCUCGCGGCGCAAGGAGCUGAGCUUCGCCCGCAUGAAGGCGGUGGAGUGCGUGGAGUGGAAGGAGCGGCACAUCUACUUCACGGUGGUGAUGGACGACAGCCACGAGAUCGACUUCCGCUGUGCCCAGGAGAACCCGGGCUGGAACGCCGAGAUCACCAUGGGCCUCGUCCGCUUCAAGAACCAGCAAGCAAUCCAGGUCGUCCGCGCCCGGCACAGCUGCCGAGCAGUGGUACAGUUUGACGCAGCCCCCGUGGGACAGCCUGCGGACACGCAGCAUCCGAAGAGCAGGAUGGAGAUGGCCCUUGGUCCAGUGGGCGGUGGGGAGAAUGGGAUCCCGGCGGGCAAGUGAGGCCACUGCUGUCUGCAGCCCAGGGACAGGGACGGUGGCCCUGGGGUGGCCAGUGCAGGCACUGGGUCCCCCCAUCCUGGGGCAGGACAGAGGCACCGCAGGAGCUGGGCUGGCACAGCUGCAGGGGUCAAGCCAUAUCCCCUUGGCACGACGGGGCAAAGAACACAAUCGGGGCCACUACUCGGGGCUCUGGGCAUGGCAGGAGGUGACAUCCCUGCCUGAGGGCCCACUGUCCUUCAGCUGACAUGGCCAGGACCCUGGUGGACUGGUGGGGACACCCAGGCCUUUCCUGCGGGACAGGAUGGAUGGAUGGAUGGAUGAGGUUGAGCCUGAAGGAAGCAGUGUGACGGUGAGCUCUGCUGAGCACCAGUGGCACUGGGACAGAUGGAUAUGGCUGGGGACAAGGCUCCCCCUCAGCACCCACAUUGAGAAGGGACUGGAGAGCUGCUGCUGCAGCAGGGACCCCUCUGGGCACCGUACCCGAUGACACAGUGACGUGCCUGUGCUGCUGGACACUGUCCUGCUCUGGGCUGUCCUUGGGCUAAUGGGGUCGCUGGGGAAGGCAAUGGGGACCCCAACUCCCUGUACCAAACAAUGUCCCCAAACAGGACCUUCUGCUGCUUA